AAAUGCGGUCCGUCUGGAGGAAGCUGAGAAGGAGGGCUCGGUUGCGGAGAGGCCGGGUUCCAGCGUGCAGCGCGGCCGUAUUUCCGGUUCCGCUCGUGGUUUCCCUGAGGCACCCCGUGCCCAGCGCUCUCAUUGUACGCUCCCGCCAUGGCGUACCGCGGUCAGGGCCAGAAGGUGCAGAAGGUGAUGGUGCAGCCCAUCGUAUCCUCCACUGGUGCUGGGGUUGAGACAGCCAAAGGUUCUGGCCGGGGAGUGUGAGGGGCAGCCGGCCCCCCUAAUCCCCCAGCAGGCCCGGCCCGGGCUCCUCCAAUGGGGCCCCUCGGCCAGAACCUCAUCUUCAGAUAUCUCCAAAAUCGGUCCCGAAUUCAGGUUUGGCUAUAUGAACAAGUAAAUAUGCGAAUAGAGGGAUGCAUAAUUGGUUUUGAUGAGUAUAUGAAUCUUGUAUUGGAUGAUGCAGAGGAGAUUCACUCUAAAACAAAGUCAAGAAAACAACUUGGCCGGAUCAUGCUAAAAGGAGACAACAUUACUCUACUACAAAGUGUCUCUAAUUAGAAGUAUGUGGUCAGUGAAGUCAGGAGGCACUCAGAAAACAAAUCUUUUUUUUUCUAAGUCACACUUGUCGGGAUGCAAAUAGUUAUACACGUUUUUCCAUGUUAUUUUGAUCUUUUAUGGUAUUAUAAGAACAAUAAGUGGGAUGCUCUGGGGUUUGUUUCUAUUAAAAAAAAUUCUGCAUUGA